GGCUUUUCCCGGGUCCUGGGCACACGUGGCUUAAGAGCUUGCAGUGCUUUGAUGCCUCUCAUCCACGUGGGCGGCUCUCUCGGACCUGCCCCGCCCUUGCCGAGCCUUUCCAUUAAAAAAGAAAAAGAAAAAAAUGGAGCCGCCAGAAUGCAAUCACCCACGAACUCUCCAAAAGCCGAAAGCCACCGAAGCGUCUUCAGGUUUCCUUUCUGCUGCCGGAGCCUUCCGACGGAUGCCGAGCUCUUCUUACGGUUUCCCCCCAUCCUCCGGACGCCCCCGAACGCUGCCGAGCGCGCUUGGCACGAGGCACCGAACCUCGCCGAAAGCUGCCGAACAUCGUGUGUGCGCGCGGCGGGUCCUGACUGCUGAACAGGGAAAGGGAGGAGGAAGCGCUGCUGGGCUGCGGCAAGCCGGCAAAAACAGCGCUCCCUGGCGGCCGUGCGGGUCACUGGAGGGAGGCGGCGGCGGCAGCGAGCUCGCGUGUGUCCGGGUGGGGGACCUCGGCGGAAGAAGCGCGGCGGAGAUGUGGCAUUUAUGACGUUCGUGUAUGUCUCUGGGAUUCCACCUCCUGAUUUCCCACACGGAUCAGGAAGUCCUCCCGGAAAGUCUGCUUCAGCCUGGGUCAGAUAUGCCCUCUGAACCCCCAAGCGUCAGCCCCACCACCUUUUCUCCUGAAAGGAAUGGAGACCAGAAAGCUAAUUACUGCAACAGACAACCAGUACUCUGGUAUGCUGUUAAAGGCUUUGGAUGAACAGCGUGGCCAUGGGCUCUUUUGUGAUGUUACCGUCAUUGUGGAGGACCGGAAAUUUCGAGCCCACAGAAAUGUCCUUUCAGCUUCCAGCACUUACUUUCACCAGCUCUUCUCAGUUGCGGAUCAAGUGGUUGAGCUAAGCUUUAUAAGAGCAGAGAUUUUUGCAGAAAUCCUCAAUUACAUUUACAGCUCCAAAAUAGUCAGAGUGAGAUCAGACUUGCUUGAUGAGUUAAUUAAAUCGGGGCAAUUGCUGGGAGUUAAAUUCCUCGCUGAUCUGGGCGCUCCUCUGCAGCAGGUGAAAAAUAUGUCUGGAGGCGUCAAGGCUGGCACUUCAGAACGGCCCAAUUCUGAAACAAAUGGCCUUGAAGCUCAGAAGCCUCCAGCGCAAGCUGGAAGUCAAAAUCUAAUUGCUGGGAAGCCUGUUGUAACAGAAUCCUUCUCAUUGUAUGGGGAGGAGUGCGAUGCCACAAAGAUCACCAUUAGCGAUUCUGAUGAUGACGAUGAUGUCAUUUUCUGCUCAGAGCUUGUGCCUCCAAACGACUGUCCUCUGGAGACUAAAGUGGUAACACAGAGCCAGCCUUGCCCUGUGGGGGUCCCCGACCAAACAAACAGUAGCAGCACUAGCUCCCCUCCUCAGUCAGCUGUAGUGGCGGCUCCGAGACUCGAGUCGUGCACUGCUCAGUCAAAUCCAACCGAAAACCAAGUACCUGCUGAACCACUUGCCCCCUCUGCUCCAAAAGCUGCACCUCCAAAUGUCCUUAUGUUAAAUCCAUCACAAAUCGGUGCCUCGCCAGAUGUUGGUUCAUCGCAUGAAAUAGAGGUAUCUCCUAUCCCCGAAGAGAAUCAGCAGCCAUCUAAUAACGAUUCCUUAACUGACAUGGAAACCAAUGCCAUUGAUGAAGAGGAGGAGGAGGAGGAGGAUGUGGAAGAUGAUGACGACAUCCUUGGUUCAUCCAGCCCAGGGUCUGCAAGCAGCAGCUCUUUGGUCCAACAGCCCACCACCCCCAAACCAGCUGCUGCAACAGACAGCACAGGAGUACAGAAGAAGCAAGCGGCUAGCUUUCCGCAAGAACCAGCUUCCCAACCCGCAGAGUUCAAAAUAAAAAUGUCAGACGUUCUUUCCGGAAGCAACAAAGAUGCUCCGCCGGGUGUUGCACCAAAGCAUGUAACGGAAGGCCAGAAGACCAUCACUUUAGAUACAGCCACUGAGAUAGAAGGCUUAUCGACAGGUUGUAAGGUUUAUGCAAACAUUGGUGAAGAUACCUAUGAUAUUGUCAUUCCCGUGAAAGAUGAGGCUGACGGAGAAGUGCGGCUGGAUGAUGUGCCCAGAACAUCGGGGGAUGAUCCUGCUAACAGGAAGCGUCUGAAAGUAAAGCACGACGAUCACUAUGAGCUCAUAAUGGAUGGCAAAGUCUAUUAUAUCUGCAUUGUGUGCAGGAGGUCCUACGUUUGUCUUACAAGUUUGCGGAGACACUUUAAUGUUCAUUCUUGGGAGAAGAAGUAUCCAUGUCGCUAUUGUGAGAAGGUUUUCCCUCUUGCAGAAUACCGCACCAAGCAUGAAAUACACCACACUGGAGAGCGAAGGUACCAGUGCUUGGCAUGUGGUCAGUGUUUUAUCAACUAUCAGGUCAUGGCUACACACAUAAGGUCUGUUCACAGCCAGGAUCCUUCUGGCGAGUCCAAGCUGUAUCGUUUGCAUCCUUGUAGGUCUCUGCAGAUCAGAAAUUAUGCAUAUAUUUCAGGUAGUUCCAGCAAUAUACCUAUGGUAAAUGACAAUGCUCUCGUUUAUCCAGUUGGUCCUGGAAAAGAUGGCUCUCAAGAACCAGCUCCUAACUCUUCAGCAAAGCCAAUGACCUGGGAUGAUAUCUUCGUUCCACAGGGAAGUGAAUCACUUUUUAAACAAAACCCGUCAGAUGGCAGUACUGAAUUUGAGUUUGUGAUACCAGAAUCUUACUGAAAUUCCCUCUGAUGGGAACAUUUCUUUAUAUAUAGAUAUAUAUAUAUAUAUAUAUAUAAAAGCAAAAAGUAAAACUCUUUUUGUUUAAAUGGGCUGCUUAAAAAAGUUGUAGGACAUCUCAUGUAAUAUAACAAGUCAGUGUGUUAUGCCUAGCCAACAAAGGUAGUAUUUUAAGACUAGAAUGCUUAUAAGCUUUGGGAGAUCUUGUGAAAGAAAAUUGGUCAGGAAAAACAAAAACUUUUACUUGAAGAUAGGAAAAGGCAUUUGGGAAGGUAGGUGUUAAAUGUGUUUGGUUCAUUGGCAUGGAUCGAAAUCUGGAAAGGUUCUAGUUUAGAAAGGUAUGGUUCCUUUACAGUAAUAAGAAAAGUCCCCAAUGACUUGUAGAAUAAUGGGAAUAUUUCUUGCCCCUUGAACCACUUAUUAAGUAACCUUUUCUUUCAUAUUAGCACUUUAAAGCUGAAAUUAUUUUAUUAUUUGAGACUACAGAAGGGCAGUCAGGAUUGUUUUCUGGGUAUAGCUUAGUUGUCUUUCUUUAUAGUAGAAACCAAGGCAGUCCUUUAACUUACAGGAAAGCAUAGUGCUGUGAGGGUCCAAUCAUCUUCUCCAUAAAUCAAGCUAUGUUCUAAGUGGCAUCCUGAUUCCAUUCUUCUGCUCCAAAAUAGCAAUUCUGCUUCACAAAAAAAUACUCAAAAUGUAAGCUUGCCAUCUUAGGGGAGAAAAGAUACUCUCUGUCUGAUAGAAACUGAACAAGUUUUAUUUUUAUUUGGACAUUAAAAUGAUCCAACGGCUGGGCCAUUGUGUUUUGUUGUUUGACAUUGCUCUGUCAACAAAAAUGUCAAGUGACAUUGUAGAAGAGCAAGUCUGCCCAUGAUUUUCCCCCCAAUAUCUAAAAAUCAUGUUAGACCCUCCUUCUCCUGAAAUCAUGCUGAUGGUUUGGAUUAAGUUGCUGUUUUCCAUUUAACUCAUUGUGGGGAAAAAGUUGUAACAAGUAUAAUUUUAUAUGGUGGUUUGUUUUUGCUGAAGGGUGCAGAAGCUGAUUCCAAAGCUACACUUCAUUGGAUGUAUUUCCUCCAUAAUUAAUUUAGUUUUUUGAGAACCUAAUUAGUCACUCUGAAAUAAAGUCAAAGUGCUGCUUGGGUAGGAGAUCUGGUAAGGAUUUGUUGUGCUGAUCAAACUCCUUGGAAAAAUAAUUGCACAUCUUAACGUCUUCAUGGAGUUUCUGUGGCACACGUGUGUCAGGCCUGUUUUUUUCAUAGUGCCUGUUUUUCCUUGCAAAAUGGUACACCCUUUUUUGGUGUGCUUUGGUCAUAGUAAAAGUUCAAUCUGAGCAAAAAAAUGUUUGUCCUGAGUAACUGGUCAGCAGUCAUGUAGUCUAUUGUUUUACGUUGAGUAAUGUCUAGAAUUCUUGUAAAUUAUAAUGUGGGGUCAAGGGGGGGGACGUUAUAGAAGACAGAAAAGGAUUGUGAUUAAUAGAACUAGCUAGUAAUCAGUGGUAUGCCAUUAAAAUAUCUUCUUUCCAUCUCUAUAGGGUUUUUUUUUUCAAGUUUUGAAAAAUAAACAUUUCAUUUUCAAAGCAGUCAUUCCUGGACCUUAAUUUUAGUCCUUCAAUUUAAAAACUUUGGCUUUUCUGGCCAGAAAGUCAAGUUCUGUUGUAGCACAAAUAAUUGAAAAGUAACAAGCUAUGAUAAAAAGGGUGUUGGAAAUCAAUGUUUGUAGUAAUGAGGGAAAGGUUUUUUUGUGUGUAGGUAUAAAAUGCAACUUCUCAGUUCUCUAGAUUGAGAAUACUGUUGCUGAUGAGUGGAUUUUUUAAAAAUAGUUUUGUAAAUCAUGUCUUAAAUUGGCACUUCAUAUUUAAAUUAGUGGUGUUUUUUUUAAAAUCACUAGUUGAAGUGUGUGACAUCAGGUAGAGGAGGCACACGUUAGUGUUUAAGUUUCACUGACAUUUUAUGAGCUAGCAAGACCUCUGUUAAAGAAAAAAAUAGUGGCUCUUAGCAAAAGAAGCUACUUUACGCAAAGCAAAAUUAUCUGCCACUCAUUAGAAUGGUAGGUUUUGGUAGCACAGGUACUGUAGGCCCUCUAGAUGUUGCUGAACUACAACUCCCAUCAUUCUUGGCCAUUGGCCAUGCUUGCUGGGGUUGGUAGAUUUAGUUCAGCAGCAUCUGAAGGGACAAAUGUUCCCUAAACGGCUAUUGCAGAUGUUAAAUCUGGAGUUAAACAUGCUACACUUCCAGAAAAUAGCAUUCUGUUGAAACUUUUAAAACUUAAAAGGAUUCUAUCCAGCUAAAUUCUAGAAGACCAUUUGAAAUUAAUGAACCUAAGUUAGGCUGCAGUCCAGCAAACACUUACCUGGGAGUAAGUCCCAUUGAAUCCAAUGAAACUUACUUCUGAGUAAACGUAUUGGAUUGCAACCUUAAUAAUGUCUUCAUUUUAGUGGAUCUACUCUUGAUUAUGAUUAAUGUUGGCUGCAACCCCAAAUCAGUGCCUAUUGAAGGUGUCUUUUUUUCUUUUUUAAUUAAGUGUAAAAGAAAACUGGAAGCCUAGGGUUCAAAGCUGUGUGUUUUUACUAGAAGACUCAUACUUGCAUGCAUCUCAGGUUCCUAGCUGUUCCUAGGAAGAAAGUUUCAGUAUCCAAAGUUGUAACGUUCAUGUAAAAUGUGUUUAUAUUUUUGAAAUCCUCCGCUUCCAGUAUUUAUAGGGUUGGAAAUAUGUUUGACCCUUUCUCUAUCUUAGCUUUUUAAAUAACACCAUCUUGUUUUUAUAUUAAGCAUCUGGCUGUUGCUUUUUAUAGGGCUUUUUUAAAAAACAAACUUUAGUUUCUACUCUCACUAGUCAUCUUUCUGUAAAUAUUAAAGAUAUUGGCUUUGGGAAGAAAGCAUUUUAAGUAUAUUGCUGUAACCUAAAAAUGCGUUUGUACAAAAAGAGCUAGAUAUUAACAGGAAAUCCCAUGGUGAAUUUCCACCCAAGGUUAAAAUAACUGUAGUAAUGGCGUCUUGACACUAUUCCAAACAUGUCCUGCUUCGAAGUAAGUGCCCUUGAUUUUGGAUCAACUUGUUCCAAGUGUGUUUUGCUGCGCCCAUCUUAUGCAUUACCCAGGAAAAGGUGCCACAUUUAUGGAAGUAUCGCUUUGGUCUAUAUCCAUAUUUUUGAAUGCUUCACCCACCUAAAAAGCUUUCUUGCACAUGGCAGGCUAGUGCACCAGGGAGAAAAGUUUAGCAUAUCCCUCUUCAUGCUAGUUUACUGCAUGAUGCCCUACCUAUCUGCAGUCUGAUGUGGUACAGUCCUGAAUUCUACCACCACCUUAUGUAUAAUGUAUACAAAUAGCCCUUAGUUCCAAGUAAAUGGUAUUGUGAGGGGUGGGGGGAGUGCAAGUACUCCUUUAUGGUUUCUUUUGAUAAUUCAUAUCACAACAUUCCAGUAUAUGGUUUUAACAGUAAAAAAAAAAAACUCAGUACAUUGCAUAUUUAUUUCCUACGGAAGCAUAAAGCUUAUUUUAAAAAAGGAGGGCAGUGGUUUAUUCCACACUGGUUUCUACUGAGCUUUUACUUUUUUAAAAAAAAUCAAUACAGUACUGUAAUGUAUAUAACUUGUACAGCUUUUUCCUUAACAUACCUUUUGGGAAUUGUGUUUUGCUUUUCAUUAACCAAUACUUGACCUUUAGUUCUUUAGAGCUU